AUAGCGUAUUGUACUGGGGCAUGCCACGUUUGGCAUUAUUUCAGAGCAAUUACUCCUAUCUACCCAAGAAUUGAUUUUGUUAUCAUUGAGCUCCACCUGAAGUGCGAUUAUUGAUAGCGAAGAUUUAGGUUUUACAGAGCUGAAGAGGGGUAUUCAAAUUUUGUCUUAUCUUGUCUGUACCUUGCAUCAAUCAAUGGUUUUGCUCAUAUUAAACAGUGUACCGUAGAAGGAGCAAUACUAGUCGCUUUACAAUUGUUCAGCAAGAUGGAACGAGGUCGAGUGUUCCUAUUUGUAGUGAUUGUCACAAUAGCAAUUCCUCUAACCGCCGUAUCAGCUGCCGAUGAGAAGUGUGAUCUUCCAAGAAGCCUUCGAAGGGAAAUACAACAAUACCAACCGGUGGUGGAUCAAAUAUUCGAACGAAUUGUAUCGGGCGAGUUUGCUGGUAAAACAUGGGAAAGUUUGCUGGAUUUCACUGAUCGGUUUGGACCGAGGUUGUCCGGUUCGAAGCAACUGGAGGAUGCAAUCGAUUUCGCCGUCAAAGAAAUGAUCAACGAUGGACUCGAGAAUGUCCACACUGAAGACGCACUUGUACCGCAUUGGGAAAGAGGUCGGGAGUGGGCACAAUUGGUUGAACCGUUCCGUAAGAAUCUGCCCAUGCUCGGGUUAGGUAGAGCUGUCGGCACACCGCCUGAAGGCAUUAUGGCUGAAAUAAUCGCUGUGGAAUCGUUUGACGAAUUCGAAAGCUUUAGUGCUGAAGAAGUGCAGGGUAAAAUAGUAGUUUUUGCACCAGCAUGGGUUGGCUACGGCCCAACUGGUCGUUACCGUUACGAAUCGGCUUCAGUCGCUGCAAAAAAAGGAGCUAUUGGAGUACUUGUUCGUUCCAUGACGCCGUUCUCGAUCGGGACUCCACACACCGGCACCCUUCGAUAUGAUCCCAAUGUGCGCCGUAUUCCGGCAGCUGCAAUCACAGUUGAAGAUGCAAUGUUACUCCUUCGAAAGUUCCGUCGUGGGGAUCGUAUGGUUGUGCAUCUAAAAAUGGAUGCGGUCAACCUUGAACCUACAAUUUCGCGCAACACAAUCGGUGAGCUGCAAGGCUCAACAUUCCAAAACACGUCCGUGGUAGUGGUUUCGGGACAUAUGGACAGUUGGGACGUCGGCACCGGAGCAUCGGAUGAUGCUGGUGGCGUGUUCGUAUCAUGGAAAGCUGUAGCUUUCCUCAAAGCCAUGGGGUUGCGCCCGAAACGUACAAUCCGAGCCAUUGCUUGGACAGCCGAAGAGCAGGGUCUGGAGGGAGUGAGUGUUUACGAGAGGCAGCACGCGGCAGAUGAGAGAGAAGAAUUUAACGUAUUUUUUGAAUCCGACUCGGGAACGUACGAGCCUACUGGGCUCGAUUUUUCAGGCAACCCGGAGGCUCGUUGCAUUUUUGCAGAAAUUGCCAAACUCAUGCGUGGAUUCUCGGAGUUUACCUACACAAAUGGUACCGUUGGAUCCGACAUCGGAAAUUGGGUUGGUCGAGGAUUUCCAGGAGUUUCGCUGCGUAAUAAGAAUGAAAAUUACUUUUGGUAUCAUCAUACAGAAGGCGAUACGAUCGAGCUGGAAGAUCCGGAAGCUUUAGAUAAAAGUACAGCCCUGUGGGCAGCGACGGCUUACGUUAUUGCCGAUUUGAGCAUCGAUAUACCAAAAGAACCUGUUGGGUACAGUCCUAAUGCUUUGUAGUGCAAUGUUGAAUGCAAAAUCAAUAGAGUUUGUUAUACUGUUCAAUAAACAUGGUUGAAUGUAUAUUGGUUCA